UAAACUUUACUUAUAUAUAAUAAACCUAUUUUUAAGAGCAUCAUCCCACUGUUCUAAAUAAUUAUUAUAUGUUCAGAAUUAAAAUCUAUUAACAGCUUUGCCACCCUAUUUUUGUACCAUUGUGAACGGCAAGGCCGUUCUGGCGAUAUAAAGAAGCAGUAAUUAAAAGGGGACGAAACGCCGCGCUUGGUGUAAUAGUUUUUAUUUUAGUUUUUAAGUUUAAAAAUUAUUAAUGCCGGUGUCAAAUUUAUAUAGUAAGACACAGUAUUAAAUACGGCAUUCUCAAGAAAGUGAUUUAUUACGAAAAACAAUAGCAAACGUUUUCACUACAGGCGCCUUCAAGCACGAGUAGAAUAGCGCCAAAGUAUACUGUUGCAACUACCUCCUCGUCCUUUACACACCUACACAAACCGAAAUGGGACGUAGUCCAUCUCCAUCGCAUCGGCGACGUGAAAAAGAGCGUUCUGAACGUAAAAAGCGUCGUGAACGGCGCUCCAGAGAACGUGAAAGGCAACGGGAACGCGAAACGGGAGCUGGCGGUAGCCGUGCUUUGCGUAGACGUUCUCAAGACAGAGGAGGAGGUGGUGGAGGGGAUCGUGACCGGACCCGCAGCCGCAGUCAUGAACGAGACAGAGCAAGUCGACGCCGUUCUAGAUCACGUUCUCGUGGACAUCCAUCUACUUCGGCGUCUACGUCGUCUGGGCGACGCGGCGCUGCCGCUGAGCGACCCAAAAUCACAGAAGCCGAUUUGGAGGGUAAAUCACCCGAAGAAGUAGAAAUGUUGAAAACAAUGGGUUUCUGCACUUUCGAUACCACCAAAAAUAAGAAGGUUGAAGGCAACGAUGUUGGUGAAGUGCAUGUUAUCUUAAAACGCAAGUAUCGUCAAUAUAUGAAUCGCAAAGGUGGCUUCAAUCGGCCGCUGGACUUUGUGGCAUAGCGCGUUGGCAAAGCGCGAACUAACGCGUCUACCCACACAAGUCUAUACACAAUGGCGAUAUAUCGAUGCACAAUCUUGUACUAAUGUUUUUAUUAUUACUAUUUUUUUUUAGUAGUGCGUCUGCUGUAGUGCUCAGCAAUCAAAGCUACAGCAGCAUGCACAAGACAAUCCUGCAAUUUUAUGCAAUAGACCGGUUUACAAAAUUCAAUUUUCAAAAUUUCCACCACACAUACCUCAUUAAUAUUUAAAAUAUUAAACUUUUUUGUAUUGUCCUGUUUAAGUUUCCUCAUAGUUAGUAAGUAAUCUAUUAUAAAUGCGACAUGAUUGUGAAGAGUUGAACAGCUGCCCAGGAGCUGAAUCAUUGAAAACUAGAGCGAAUAUUGCCAGUAUUUAUGCCUUACAAUUUAUAUAUAUAAUCAUUCAAAGUUGGCCCACACUUAAAAAUUUAUUGUGAGUCGAUAUACUUAUUUUGCUUUCACAAUUAUUUAAGCGAAAUUUCUGAAGCAGCCUAAUUCACUCUUCUCAUUUCAAUCUCGUAAACAGAGAACUACGAGAUUUCAGUAAUUUUCUUCCUUUUUUUUUUUGAAUAUUUAAAGUAAUUAAAAUCACACAAACAUGAAAAUGUCAAAUGUUUUAAGGAUGAAAUGAAUUAAGGCAAAAGUGCUACACUGUUGCCAGUUGCUUCGAUUGUUUCUAAAUGUGAUUUAUAGCAACACAACUGAUGGAGUUAAAAUUUAUUAAUUUAAUGAAAUAACAAAAAAAAUUAACUUUUUUAUAUAAAAUUAACUGAAAUUCGCUUCGCGUAGAACAUCGCCUGAACUCUUGCACUUGAUUCAUUUUAGUACCAUAAAGUAAGAGAAACCUGUAAAUCUCACUCAGUUUCACUUAAAUUUUACUAAAUACUUAUGUUUUCACCGUCACGAAAUUUUUUAUGCACAACAAUUACUUGAAGUAUUUGAAAAUCAUAACAAUACAAUACAACAACAAAUUCCUAUAAACCCCUAUACAAAUACAUAUAUCCCAGCACGCAUCUCAAUGCAUAACUCCCCCUAGUAUCCUCCAUACACUGCAAUAGUACAAUUUUUUAUCAAAAUAUUUUUUUUUACAAAUAUAGAAACUAUAUAUACACAAAUAACAUAAAUAACCUGAACCUUACGUAUCCUACCCAACAUAACUAGCCUUACCCCUAACCCCAUACAAUUUUUUACCCAUUCACCCCUCAAAUAAACCCAACUACAAUAGACCAAAUAUGCAAUAGCCAGGGAUUUAUAUAAUCAUUAAAAAUAUAAUUGUUACAAUGGUAGUUAUUACAUACAUACAUACAUACAUGAUACAUGAAAGUAACUAAAAUAUGUAUUUAAACAUUUUUAUACAGAUUAAUAAUGUGUGAAGCUUUUUUUUUUACUGAAGACUACAGUUUUCAACAUUGUAUUCACAUGCAAGUGCCGUUAACAUCUAAAAAAAAAAUAAUAAACAAAACCAAUAGUAAAUAAUUUUUGUAAUAAACAACAGUUAGUGAUAUAAAGAACUAAUGUACGCGUUAAAAGCGAAUUGAGCGAGAAUAGAAAAGAACGAAAUACACGAGAUAUGGGUAUAAUUUUGUUUAACCUUAAUAUUGUAAAAAUAUGCAUAUCUAUAACUUUUUCUAACAAUUGUAAUUAAAAAAAAUUAGUUAUUUGGCUUUAAUGCUUUAAAUGCGAUAUUUGAAUAAAAUAAAAUUUCUUUUAGUGCAUAUUUUGAAGAACUAACGAUAUUUCAAUACGAAAUUAAAAAACUAAUAAUUCGAGAUUUUGCGAUAUACUUAAAAUUAUAUACAAACAAUUUGUAAAAAUCAGCCAUGACUCGUGAGCUCAAUUUUUCGCACAACUAUUUAGAAUUAAAAAAAUCACAUUUACUUUUGAAUAUAUAUUAACAUUUAUAUACAUAUGUAAUUGUUACAAUAGCACUUACAAUUUUUUACAUAAAAUAUACAUACAUUAUAUAUGUAUAUCUAUAUACAGACAAGUAUGUAUGUAAAACCACAAAUCGCAAUAGUUGAGAUUUGGCAUAAACCUAAUAACGUUUUGGCUCAUCCACCCCCAUACACAUACUUACAACUUAGCUAUACUUAAACGAAAUUGCAGGGAUUUUUUCACAUUUUAUUUUUAUUCUUUUAAUAUUAAUGUUUUACUUUAAUAAAAAAGAAAAUAAUACUU